CCAAGAUGGCGGUGCGGCUUGGAGGGAUCAUCAUUUUGUGAUUCUUUCACUUGAUAGAAUUAACAUGGGCUUCAAUGAUUUCAUGCAUCCAAGAAACCUUUACAAAAAUUCUCCUCCUGACUUCAGGAUUCUUGCCGAGAAAUUUGAAUACUUUCGUAAAUUUGCAAAGGAGAAUAAAGGAGGAGAAGUUAGCAUAAGCUUCAAAAAUCCAGAAGCACUGCGUGCUUUGACCUGUGCAUUGCUAGAGAGUGAUUUUGGUUUAAAACUCAGCAUUCCGUUGGAUCGACUGAUUCCUACAGUUCCUUUGCGUCUUAACUACAUCCUCUGGAUUGAGGACUUACUUGCUUGUCUACCGGAAGCUCAACGUCACGCAGUGGUGCGUGGUUUUGACAUUGGCUCAGGGGCCUCCUGUAUUUAUCCUUUGCUGGGAGCUAAACUUAACAACUGGCAUUUCUUGGCAACUGAGGUGGAUGAAUCAUCAAUUUCUUAUGCAAAGGACAAUGUGAAAUGCAACAGUCUUGGUGGGAACAUAAAAGUGAAAAAAGUAACCCAAGGCAGUUUUCUGAAAAUACCCCUAGAAGAUGAGGAGAUAAAGGAGUUUGAUUUCUGUAUGUGCAAUCCACCUUUCUUCAUCAGUGAGUUUGAGGCAUAUUAUGGUAAUACACGCAGUGACAAACGCCCCCCACCUAGUGGGGUGUGUACUGGAACAGAAAGUGAGACUGUGACUGGAGGGGGUGAGGUUGAAUUUGUCCAAGGAAUUAUCAAAGACAGUUUGCUUCUAAAGGAGCAUUUUAGCUGGUAUACGACAAUGCUUGGAAAGAAGUCAAGUGUUGCACCCAUCCUGGCAUGUCUCAAUGAAAAUGGUAUCAAGAGAGUAACAACAACUGAGUUUUGCCAGGGACACACCAUGCGUUGGGCUGUGGCUUGGUCAUUCUUACCCGAUGUUAAAGUUCAGGAAUCUCCCUCAAAGCGCCGCAAACGAAACAAAAAGGCCAAACCUUUUCUCUUCGUUAUUCCUAAUGAAUUCAUGACCACAUCAGCAAGUUGCGAGACAGAAACUCAGAUACCAGACAAAGUCACAGAUAUAGGACUCCACAUAAAGAAGAUACUGAAUGAGUUGAAGUUGCAGGUUAUUGUAGAAGAGGAAGAAAAAGAGGACAAAUCGAAAGGAAUAAUCGCUUUAAACUGUCACGCUUGUGAGAUGACCUGGGCACAUCAGAGCAGAAAACGACGAGAGAACCUAAAAAAAAAAGUAGUCUCUCCUGAAGCAAAAACAUCGGAAUCUCUAUCAGGUUGUGUGGACGAGGUUGUGAUACAAGACUCUUUGGAUGAAACAAAAAUGCAAACAGUAUCUGAAACUGACGCACCAAACUUGGAGGAAACGCGUGGAAAUGUGAAUGUCUGCGAAAGCCAGUUUUCCGAUUCUUACUGGCACCCAUCGAAUUUUAUCGAGAGCGACUCAAAUCGGGGUGAAUCUCCGUCCAGACCUCUUGUGUCUUUUACCUUGCGCGUGGGAGCUGGUGCUGAGAUAGCCAGUGACUUUUCACGUGAUGUUGUGGUGUUAGAAAUGAUGUGGGUAGAUGGAGAGAACAAAAACGACUUGUAUCAGUUGUUCCAGUUUCUUCAGAAUAAGAUUUUGAAAGGCUUGUAAUCUGGACUUUUGUCUUCGCACCUAUUCCUGUAACUACAGAUCAGCGAAGGACUGGUACGGCUCAUUAAGCAAGAACAUUCAGUGUCUUCGUUACACCGCGCACCACGUAUAACAGAGCACUGAAAAAAUGGAAGAAGGAAAACAUUAAGAGUUCCUCUUAAGUAAAGUUCGCAGUUGUCUAGUGGACUUAAGAGCGUGGACAGUCGUUUCAUAAAGAAACAAGGGGAAAGACAGAAUAGAGCUUUGGGUUUUACUAACAAGAUCAUAGUGGCAGAUGAGUAUUUGAAAGCCCUAUUUUAAUUUAGGUUACUCUUUAAAGGUUAUUGAUAAACUUUAAAGUUUACUCUUGUUCUUUUCAACGGUAGAUCUUGACGUACCCUUGACACACAAAUAUUGAAAACGCUCGAGCGAUUAGUAAUAUCCAUGAAAACUGAGUUAUUAAAGAGGCAUUAUUAUGGCGUACAAGUGGUUUCUAAAGCGAUUUGCUGAAUAAAAGAGAUUAGAAAAAGACUUAGCGGCGGUAAGAUAAACUGAGGCAUUUAAAGCGUUCACCACCCCUAGAUCAUUGUAGAUGUCACUGAUCUCUUUACUUCUGCAGGAGCCUUGGGUUUCGUAAUUUCUAGAUAUUUUUAGUAUUGGCAAUUUUUUUUUUUAUUUUCAAAUCCAGAGCUUACAGAAGAUAAAUCACGCUUUGUCUCUCUUGAGACACUUAGACCCUAAAUUUUUCAAGAUUAUCAACUUAAAUCUGUGCUAAUCUUGUCCGUUGUCAGCCGUUUUCGUUCUGUUUUGGAUAAUUCUUCCUGUUGUGGUGUUUUUCCAUCUGGCUCAGUGGACAAAAGGAAGUAUGCAGUGCACUGCGCAAUUUAACUGAUCAGGGGACAACGCCCACGCGAGAUUUGGACGCGAAUCCGGAAUUUCACCUUCUUUGAGACGUCAGGACAGUUUGCAACAAGUGGCAGGAUUGAAAAAAAACUCGAAGUGGUACAAAAGGACAGAGGGUUGCCUGAAAAGUGCGUGACUGUAAAGACGAUGAAUUUUUUCCUUUUUCUGUUGGCGUUCCUGGCUUGGACUGAAGCCGCACCAAGUCCACCACAAUGUGGCAAAAUUCGCGGUAGCCCUUGUAGUGAAGACAGCGAGUGCGCAUGUCUGAACCGUCACAACAAAAGUUCCUUGAUAUGCAAUACCCGAUUGCGAUGCGAGAAGGAAACAUUUGUGGAUCAAAUCCAGAGGAGGCAGCCAUGCCACCGUAUCUACAAGACUUAUUGUGAAGUUAACACCGAUUGUCCAUGUGGCGAAGCCCGACUUAUCUGUGAAGAUCACGAAUGCGUGAAAGAGAAAAAGGGACCAAGGCUAAACCAAGAUUUUUUCCUUUCUCUGUUGGGGAGAAGAGUUAACGGUACACAAAGCUCUUCGCGUCGUCAGCGAAGACGUUUGCUGAGACACGAAAUCUUCAAGAGGAUCUAACAGUUUUGUUAUUCCGUGCGAUAUUCGGUACAACCAUUGGUAUGGCGCAGGACGAUCACCCCCUCCCUACUUUAGAGUGCAUUUCGUUCAAUUGUCGUCAGACCGAAAACAGAGAAACUACCUAGGCCAGUCUCAGAAAAAGAAAAAUAGUGUACCACAAAGAGUCUAUGAGAACUCAUGUCACAUAGAGGCAGAGUGCCGAGUGACCACAACACCAAUAGUGUAACUUAGUGUCUUAUUGGUGGAGAAAAUGGUACGAUAUUUCUUGACCAAUCACAGAACGACUGAAGCAAAGCCUACUCAACAAGUCUCUGGUUUCUUUCGACACUCAAUUUAUCAUCGCGCUUUUGUAUAGCUAUUUAUUUGUAAAGUUAAGUUCGUUUCGUUCGUAUAUAUACAUAUAAAGCGAUUAUCCCCCAUAUCUUUCACCACAUACAGAAUAACAAAUAUUCUCAGAAAGAUCUGGGAAAAAAAUUUAUUGCGUUGCUUUUAACCCUUGACUCCCAAAAUCUGGUGGCUCAUUCUCCCCUCCGACUGCUACACAUUUCCUUAUAAUUUAGUAACAGGAGUUUGGCGUUUGAUCAAGACAACGACUUAACCUGUUUAUUCUCAUUACCUGUUUGCUGGGUAAUGUAUUGAUUUUCCAGGGAUGAGUUAUUUGUUAAUCGCCUAUGGGAGUCAAACGGUAAAAGUACCUACUUCUGGCUUUUGCCUCAGAGGAGAAAAAGUUAAGUCAAAUAGAGAAUAUAUUAUGAAAAGAACUUUUAAAGUGUAUUUUAGAAAGAAAAAAAAUGUACUGCUCACACAAGCGUGUAGAUUUUUUAACAAUCUCUUGAUGUAAAUAAUUACAAGAGUUUACUUGAGCACCGUGCUGUAGCGAGUCGCGAGUACCGAAUCUGGAUUGAACAUUUCUUUUUCCCUUAAGCUGUUCUUUGCAACAGAUUUUGUUUAGCUAGAAGAGUAGAUGAUAGGGACGCACUUAGAAUAAAACGAAAUUUUCAAGACCGCGUAAGCUAAUCCUUGAGCGCACAAUCCGCUAAACUCAGUCGCAAGAUAAAGGACAGCCUACACGACCUGAAUAAAUUCAGUGAUAUUUGAUUA